AGUAACCGGAAGUACAUCAUGCACAUGCGCACUCUGCAAAUCAAAUCGGAAGUUCUAUUCAUUUAAAGCGGCACGUCACGAGGACAUUUCAGCCAAAAUGAUCAGUAAAGUGAUAGGUUCGAAGUAUGUGGCCAUUGCUAAAUCAUGGGUCCCAACUAUGGCUCUAUGGGGCUCUGUCGGAGGCGUAGCUCUGGUCCACCUCACAGACUGGCGAUUGGUUUUGGAUUAUGUACCCUACAUCAGCGGCAAAUUCAAGAAUGACAAGUAGUGGCACUCAGUCAGGUUGGUGUUUUAUAUUUCUCAAAGACUUAAAUAAUAAACAUGAACUGCUGCAGUCCGUACGUUGUGUGCCAGGCAGGCCACUGGAAGGUGUCGUCUUCAUCCUGCUGCUCAGUCAACAUUGAACUGUUCAUCGUCAACAUCCUCUAAACUGGAUUUGACAGUUCAACGUUCCUCAAACUGAAAACGUGGAUGGAAGGAACAUGAAAACACAGAUGAUAAAUGGACUUUUCUUUUCUUUUCCCACUUAGUUUGGGGGUCAGGUAUUUAUUUUAAUCAUCAGUCUCCUGUAUGUCAAACCUGUCCUUCAUGUCAUACUGUAACUGUUUUGAAGUAAAGUGUGUGAGAUGUAUCCUA